UUAUUCUCUUAUUAAAGAUGACAUGCCAGUACCAGCUAUACAACUCUCUUCGGAAGGAUAUUUUCUGUUCCGUUGCGUUUUUAUAACACCCGAAAGUUUUGAUAGUGAUGCAGCAUUAGCUGCAGCGUUUGAUAGUAAUGCUUGUAAUCGAUAUAUUACAGAACCAUCUGAAAAAAAUGGAAGUUAUUAUAACGGCUAUUUUACACUUCCAUUAAAUUCCAAUUUCAAAUUACUUUUAUUGAGAAAUUCAGUAGUUUUUACGAUGAGACCUUUUAAUUCUAGUUCACAAAUUAUGUUUAAAGCUUUUGAUUCAGAUUAUAUCAACCGAAAAAACAAUGUAAAUGGAACUUUUUCGCCUGAUAAUUCGCCAUUUUCACAAUCAAUUACACAGCUUAAUACUUAUGAGUUCAAACAGGGGCAG